AUGGUGCUCCACGACCAGGUUGAUCACGCGGUGCAAUUCGAUGUCGAUGCUCGGAUUGCAAUUGAAAAAUACAAUUUGUUUACUCAAAGUCGACGGUGUGAUGUAGCUCGUCGCGUUCUGUCCUUUGGUGCAUUUCUGAUCGAAACAGCAGUCGGGAUGAAGGAUUUCAGCUUGUGCGGUCAGGUGUAUUGUACGAUGCAUUUGGAUCCGGAACAUCGUGUAUGCCGUCCAACGAAUACGGAAAAACACGACAAUGAUAGAACUCUACGAACAGGUUCAUCACACGGUGCAUUUUGA